CGCAGCUGUGUGAACCACGGGAUGUAGAAUCAAUCGUUGCAUUUUCCCAAAGCAAUCACUUCGGCUACAUCCGUUGUCAAGAUGAAGGUCGCUAUUAUCGCGCUCUUCGCUGUACUAUGCGGAAACCUUGUACAAACAGAAGCAAGCGAGAAGAAAGCUUCUCUUGGGCUUCUAAAAAUUUUCAACCAUUUUCUAACGGUAUCGAAAUUGGUGGACAACAUGCCAGUUGUUUUACAAACCAUCGCUAACGACAUUGUCGAUGAUAUUCGACGUCUCAUACCAGAAGUUGAAAAAAUCUCGGACAAGUACAAUGUCACUGAGCCUAUUCUUAAAGAGAUUGGGAACGCCCUGAAUAUGAGUCGAGUCACCAACGAACUUUUGCCUGAACUCGAGACAAUUCUUCAUGAUAACAACAUUACUGAACUCAUCGACGAAAUUGUUGGGUAUUUGGAUUUUGACCGGUUGGAAGACGAGUUGUUGCCAGAAUUAGAUAAAAUUAUGGAUGAAAACAAUGUUUCCAAGAUUCUGGACGAAAUCGAAGAACUGCUUAAUGUUACUGUAAUAACUGAUAUGUUAUUACCUGAGAUUGAAAGUGUCCUAGAAGGUGAGAACGUCACGGAAAUCGCAGAAGAAGUGAGAGAGAUUUUGGAUAUGGCUGAUGUCAGCGGAAAAUUGAUCCCUAAUCUGGAAAAGAUAUUUGAAAGUCAUAACGUCUCCCAAAUUGUCCAUGCAUUGGAUGACCUUCUCAAUCUGACCAAACUUGCUGAGCAAAUUCUACCGGAGUUAAGCGAUCUUUUUAAAGAAAUAAAGAACGAGACAAUUCCUGAAAUCCGAAAAUUUCUAGAUAUGGCCCACCUCCAUAGUUUGUUGGACGAAUUGGACGAGAUGCUUUAUGAAUCUAAUAUCACACAUGAAGUACCUGACCUUGAGCCGUUUCUCAACAUCAGUAUAGCUCGAUCAAAGUUGACGGAGAUUGAGAAAAUCUUGGAUCAUUUUGAUGUUCACGGAAUCAUAGACGAAAUAGAGAAACUCUUGGAUGUUGAUCAUUUGAUAUCGAAGGUGCCAGAAUUUGAUGAAUUUCUGGAGGAUUUGGGUCUCUCGAAGUUAUUACAAGAUUUCAAUGAACUUAUUGAAAUGAGUUUCCUAAGCGGAACAGUGACUGAUAUUAAGGAUUUCCUAUUGAGUGCAAAUUUAACGAACAAAAUCGACGAUCUGGAGAAGAUUUUGAACGUGAGUUAUCUUCGAGAAGUCAUCGUUCCUGAAAUUGAAAGAAUGGUUGAAGAAAGCAACGUGGACAGCAUCUACGAUGAAGCGAGACAGUUUCUAAACACGACUUUCUUAAUUGAAACUGUUAUUCCUGAAAUUGAAAAGAUCUGGGACGAUUUAGGCGUCGACGAGCAACUAGAGCUGUUAAUAAACCUCACAAAUAUGACUUUCUUGCGUGAAUUUAUCGAGGAGUUUGAUAAAGAAUGGAGCAUUUCUUUGAAGGGCAAACAGGUUUCCGAUGGCGAUUUAGCUGGUGUUGUGAACGGAGUGCUGGAUGAACUAUUUGCAACCGAUGAACCGAUUGUCGUGGAAUCGACCGAAGCACCAUCAAAUCUUCCCACGAAACCAACAGAGGAGCCGACCUUGCCACCUGUGUGUGAUGAGGAUUGUGCUGAUGUACCAUGCGGUACUGCAAUCAUGAACAACUGUGAUGAAUGUGUAUUGGGAACUACAGGGAAAGAUAUAAAUUAUGGUACGGAUUGUAACAAUGUUUGUGGAGGCAAGGCUCGUAACGACAGCUGUGGAUACUGCAGUAAACCAACUAGAGAUGGCUCUUCAGCGUUUGCUGACUGUAACGGCGAUUGCUCUGGAUCGGCAGUCCUUGAUUCGUGUGGAAACUGCACUGGUGGAAAUACUGGGAAGAAGGUGGACUUUUUCAUGGACGUUUGUGGUAUCUGUGGAGGUGAUGGUAAGUCAUGCUUGGGAUGUGACGGCAUUGCCAACAGUGGCAAGGUCAAUGAUUCGUGCAACGUCUGUGGAGGUGAUGGCUCCACGUGUACUACCAUAUCUGCCGUCGAACCUUCGCUGUUACCGACUUCCUCAUCCUCUGGUCGUGUGGUCACGAUUCUUGGAGCUAGUCUUGAUGGAGACUCUAUAAAGUGUGUCUUUGAUGGGAAAGAAAGCACAGGAACAAAAGUAGACAAAACUCACUGUAAAUGUACCAUUCCGGAAGUAGAUGGCGCCGGGGAGAAAGUACUCACAGUUAAAGUAGUCAAAGGCGCCCAGGAUAUUCCCACCAAGGACUUAAAGAUUCAAUUUUACGAUGCAACAGCCACGAAAAUCUCCACAGUUUCGCCAUCGGAACUGUUCGUAGAAGAAGAAGCUAUUCUUACGUUCGCUGGAAAUAAUCUGGUGCAGAGCAGCAGUGCCGUAUGUUUCAUUAAAGCUAAUGGAAAGGAAGUGAAGAUAAAAGCCGGAUUUAAAGGAAAUGCUUAUAGCUGUAAGCUGCCCGUUACUAAAAAGUCCUUCAGUAUUACAGCAGCGUUAUCUUUAAACGGAGUUCACAAGCUACAAUCAGACGCGAAUUUGACCCUGAUUGUUUACGCGCCGGCACCAGUUGUGGUGAAAUCAACUUUCACGGCCACAGGAGCCCUGUUUGGCAUCGCCUUCAACAAACCAAUAAACACCCAGCCUCUCCAAGCAUGCGCAGAUAUAUUUUCCACUGGUCUGAGGUCACUAGGCACCCGACCAAAAUGUAAAUGGGCGGACUCUCGUCUCCUGGUUAUUUCUCCUGGUGUUGAUGCUACAAUCGUACCAACGGAUUCACUGACCUUCAAAACUGGUUCUGUAAAGCGUAUUGGAAUGUACGCUAAAGCGAUCACUGGUUCUGUCGUGAUUUCAGCGCCUUCGAAUCCUGUUAGACCUUUGCCAAUAAUCUUGGGUCCUGAGCAGAUCUCGUCCUGUGGUCAUCUGAAACUAAGUGGCAAACAAUCUUCUGGUGGAGGUGGAAGGGAUCUUCGCUAUCAAUGGAGUCUGGUCAGUCCGAGUGAUGCUGGAAUUACAACUGUACUUAACAAUGCUGUGAACAAAUCGAGUGUGCUCCUGAAUGGAACUCUGAUGACAUCUGGCACAACAUAUAAAUUCAAACUAACGGUUACCAACUUUUUGAAUUCAACUGGCGUGAGCACUACGAUAGAAGUCACAAAAGCCCGUGACCCACUCCCAGAGGUUACUGUCCAUAGGCCCCAAGGAAAGAUUUUCGGAAUGAAUUUAUUUUACAUCGCUGCAAAGGCGAAGGCCGCCUCUUGCUCGUCUAGCACAGCUCUGACCUUCUCUUGGACGGUAAAAUGUACCGAAGGCGACAGUCGUGAUGCGGCAAAAGUCCGAGCGGAAGCAAGUGACGGGUAUAAGAAAACCUCGAGAAAGUUCGCGUUGAAAAUAACUCCAGGGACGUUGCUUGCAGGAAGAACGUAUGAAUUCACUGUUGUCGUGGCGCUAAAAGAGAGUCCCUCGAUCAAGACGACUGUCAAGACUUCAAUCAAGGUCGAAUGGAGUGCAUUACAGCCAGCUAUUGUUGGAGGUGACAGGACGGUCGGUCGUGGCAGCGGUAAACUUCUUUUAGAUGCGAAAUCUUCGACACAAGAUCCUGACAAUGCCGAUGGCAAUCUUUUCUGCUCCUGGACAUGCUUCGAUAAAUCUAUCGAUCAGCCAUGUUAUUCUGCCGUGAAAAGACAACAAAAGAUUGACUUUCCUAACGAUUGCAUCAUUGAAAUCGACAGUGAACACUUUCAGGCAGACAAGAAAUACAAAAUCACGUCCCAAGUCAGCAAAGGAUCCCGAUCGGCCAAAUCAAGCAUUGUGUUGUCUGUCGUCGCUGGAAAACCGCCGGCGGUAAAGAUUCUCGCAUCCAAACUUCGUGUCGUGGCAAGUGCUCGGGUCAAGCUGCGAGCGACUUACAAGACCUCUACGAAACCUGUUAAAGUGGAGUGGUUCUGUGAAGAAGAUGACGAAUAUCGCUAUAUCGACCUUUCCGACUCAUCACUAUUCGUGGGCUCGUUCGAAGAAUACAAAGCCGGUGGCAAAUCAGUCUCCACGAAAGUUUUGAAAGCGAACGUUUUAUCUCCGGGCGGUUCGUAUAAGUUCACGCUGAGAGUGAACGACGGUAGUAAUAAUGGCAGUUCUUCAAUGAUUGUCACUGUUCGAAAUGGCCCAACUUCCGGGAGCUUUGAAGUCAGCUCAACAACUUUGACGCAACUUGGAGAGGUCACAUUGAAAGCAAACCGUUGGGUAACAGAUGACGAUGCUUACCCAUUAAAAUACGAGUUUGGCGUCGUUACCAAAACCGGCGAGUUGAAACCCUGGAAGACACAGACUGAAAGCGAAUGUAAAGUCUUAGUACCUCCGGCAAGCGAACAAAACCUGAACAUUACGCUUUAUUUGAGGGUCAUAGAUGCCUUUGGGUCGAUGCAAAUGAUGGAGCAACCCGUUAGGGUGAUCGAACCACCGACUUUGGAUGAAAGUAAGAUAGAAAAUUUGAUGGAGAAUGGCUUGAAGGAAGCUAAGGACAGUGGAGACUUUUCCUCUGUUGUGCCAAACAUGAAAAGCAUCCUAAAAGCAAUGAAAAAGAACACUAAAGUGUCAGCAUUAUUGAAAAAGAAUGUAGUGAACAGUACAGUCACCUCGCUAUUACUCGCAGUAAAAUCGACGUCCCUCGAUCAAGAAAAAGCAAAGCCGAUAUUCGAUACGUUCUUAGAACUUGAGCCUACGCUCGUUGACACACCGGACAGUGUUUUGGACCAAUUCGAUGAAGUUGUUGAGGCCUCAAAAGAUGGUUUAGAUAAAAAAACUAUAAAGGAUACCUUGGUAUGGCUUGGUGGCAUCGCAGCAAAAGCUAAUAAAAAAGACCCAACUUUGUCGAAGAAUAUUGUUAACAGUUAUGAAUCUUUGGCUGACGGCCUGCUGAAUGACGUGGAAUUAGGUCAGACGGAGGUGGUCACUUCAGAAGCCAAUCCUAACGUAGAGAUUAAAGUGUCCAACUCCCUUCUGAACGACGUAAUGGUGGCUGACGACAGCAGUGAUGCCACGAAGUUGGACUUUGGCUCUGAGAUGGCGGAAAAGUGCCAAGAACGAGAAUGCUCCCCGGGGAAAAUAUGCAUAGGGUGCCCAAUGAAAAUUAUCACAUACAAGGAGGAUUACUUCGAUGAUCAGUCCGCCGAUAAACCUGAUAUUGUUCCCGAAAAGAUCAUCAGUGUCUCGAUGAACAAUCCAGAGACUGGGGACGAACAAAAGAUCACUGGUCUCAAAGAUCCAUUUAAGCUAAAAUUCAAAACUGGAAACUUGGAACAAGGAAAAACAAGGAAAUGCUUCUAUUAUGACGAAGAUAGUAAGAAAUGGUCACAAGAUGGCAUCACAUCUCGUAUUAUUAAUGGAGAGCAGGAGUGUUCUAGCACCCAUUUGACGUCAUUCUCACCUGGUGACGUCAAAGACAAUAGCACGUCAGAAAAGACAUAUGAAGUGUCUUUCGUUCUAUCCAAUACAACAUGGGGCGAGAAAUACAACAAUGCAAGCGAUGCAGCAACAAAAGCAUUGAAAGACAGUAUAAUAACUGAGAUCAUGGAGGUCUACAAGAAUGACUCAACAUUGAAAAGUGUUUCAUUCGAAAGUUUCCAGGACUCGAACGGAAAAGUGAAAGUUAUUCUCGAGAUGGUUUUCUCUGACUCAAACGAAAAUCCUUCAGCGGUAUUGAAGAGUAGCAUCGCAGAUGGAAAGUUGGGACAGAUUGCAGUUGAUCCAAAUAGCCUGAAAUUCACAGAGCAAAAAGCUGAAACGAAAGAAGAUAGCGACGACAUCGCAUUAAUCAUUGGUCUUGUAGUUGGAAUUUCUUUUGCAGUUAUUGCGAUCAUAUUACUGAUAGCAUUUCUCGUGUACCGCAGCAAAAAGAAGAAAACGAAGGUGGAAUCGUGGACAUCUUCACAGCCGUAUCAUAAAAGUAAUGGAGCUGAAGGACUUGACAACAACGCCGUUGCCAGUGAUCACGAGAUGACCCCCGUAUAAACCUGGACCGGCUACGGCCUUCUUUUUACCUCCGCUCAAUUCUAACUGCACUGCAAUACAUUUAUCGCAAGCCAGUCGACAAAAAUAGUGUUAUAGCGUGUAUUCUUAAUCCUAGUAUUCGGUUCUAGUCUUUUGUAUAAGUGAGUCUCUCUAAACCCAACAAUCACAUUUACGACAGUCUCGAUCCAUUCCCCUACGCUCAUCUCCACUCAAAUCCUCAAUAAUGUAAAUACAUGCAGAAACUGAUACAACUUAUCUCAAAGAUUUCCGCUAGUUCAAAACUGGUCUAAUAUUCUUCAAUUGACCUAUUUAUACUUGCAUGCAUAUUUAUUUAUUUAAAUAUCAAUUAAACUUAUAAUAUAUUUAAGUAUAAACUAAACUAUAAAGCAAUAAUCGUGCAUCGUAUUUAGUAUAUAGCUGUCACAUAUAUACACAUCUUUUAAGUCGCUUACUUUAGCGCGGACAAUUUGCAUGUAUAACCUAGACUCACUUUAAUUUACUUUGCAAUAAAAGUGUGUUCU